ACGUCUGAGAGAGUUUGAAGGGGAAACAAACCCUAACGUCAGUCACAUCGAACUCUAAACCACACUGAGAUGGCGAAAUGGUUGCGUGGCCUGAGAUCCGUGACGGCGGAGGUGGCUGAUCUACCGGCGAAUUCAUUCGGUCGAUCGAUUCGGUGUAUUCAUCAGUAUCAGACGAUCCAGGCGAUUCCACGCGAAGCCACGGGUCGAGGAGUAUCGGCUCGAGACCGGACGAUUGGCCGGAUUCCCGCCGUGGUUUUCCCGCAGUCGCUACUCGAGACUGACACUUCGAAGCGAGGCGCGUCGAGGAAGCAGCUUUUGACGGCGGAUAAGAAGCAGAUUAAGUCUAUUAUCGACUCUGUUGGACUCCCAUUCUUCUGUUCUACCACAUUCCAGCUUCAGAUCCGAGCUGGUCAGGGCUCUUCGACGCUUGUUGAAUCGGGUCGAGUACUUCCCCUCAAGAUUCAUAGAGAUGAAGAAACUGGAAAGAUACUUAAUUUGGUAUUCGUGUGGGCUGAUGAUGGGGAGAAGUUGAAGGUUGAUGUUCCUGUUGUGUUCAAUGGAUUGGAUCAUUGUCCUGGUCUCAAGAAAGUGCUCAUGAGUCAUGUUCCUUCUGUUUUACUGCAAUCCACCUGUUCUUACUAUCGAGGGGGAAAUCUACAGUCAAUCCGGAGUACUCUAAAACUACUAGGGCCAGCGGAACACAUUCCAUCUAAAAUCGAAAUAGAUGUGAGCAAACUCGACAUUGACGACAAAGUGUUAUUGCAAGACGUUGUAUUUCAUCCAUCAUUGAAGCUAUUGAGCAAGAAUGAAACCAUGCCUGUGUGUAAGAUUGUCGCCACAAGCCCUGUGAAAGAACCAAAAGCUGUUCCAGCAUAAAAAUAAGUCCUUGAAAAGGGUAAUGUAAUGUCUCUCCGAAGUUUCUGUUCCAUAACAAAACAUGAUCAUUUCUAGAAGGAAAGAAGCAAUUUUUAGAAUCAACCUUUUUUGUAUAAACCCUGAGUGAAAGAACACUAAACCGUCUCUAGUUGCUAUUUGUGUUUUUUGAACGACGCAGAUCCAAUUCGAAUUGCGGAUCAAAUAUCUGUUUUUCAUCUUAUGUAUUUUUAAUUUUGUCAUA